AUCCCCUCAUAACCGUCACAGCCUUGUUUCUAUGCACUUAUUCGAAACACAACACUGAACACUGCUGCCAAAGCAGCGCACAGAUUUCUACACCUUGAACACACUGCUCCAUGGACGAUUAUAUGAUUUUGGAUGCAAUGUGCCCCGGAUGCUUCGGGACAGUUCUAUUUGUGAAGGAAAGAACGUCUGAUCUAGAGUUUACACUAAAGAAGGUUGAGUGUUUGGAUGAAGGCAGAGCCAACCAAGCAUACCAGGAGGCUCAUUGUCUGCUGAAUGUGAGACAUCCCAACAUUGUCACAUAUAAGAAGUUAUUCAUUUUUUGGGAUGAAAGGGUAUCUUCUGUCUUUCUUUCAAUGGUAAUGGACUGCCCAUACAUGACAACCCUAUCCACUGUGAUCUCUUAUCACAGACAGGAGAAAAAGAAGAUCAACAAAAAGGUCAUCAAGACAUUUUUGGGACAAAUGGUGGAUGCUUUGGCCUACUUGCACAAACGGAGUAUUGCUCACAGGAAUUUGAAGCCAUCAAAUAUUCUGAUGACAAAAGAGGCCAAGUUUGUCAUAUUUGAUUUUGGAACUGCCUCCAUCACAGGAGAUAGAGUAAAGUUACAGAAAAGAGUAAAGGACUGUGCCAAACGAUGGAUGGCUCCAGAGAGCCUGACCCAUCAUCAGAUGCCUGAGAAGUCCGACGUUUGGUCCCUGGGGUGUGUCCUUCUCGACAUGCUGACCUGUCACAUGCUUGAUGCGGAGGGAUCUAUCUCUCAGCUGCUGAGGAUCAGAGAGGACCAGACAUCACUGGACGUCAUCGUCCUCAAGGGCCUCCACCAAGUCCUCAGUAUGAUGUUGGACCGCAACCCAAAGACCAGGACCAGCGUGUGGGAACUGGUGAAUGAGGAUCUGGUGAAGCAGUGUCUGCUGUUGUGUGGCUCCCCUCUACACGCCAUGAAGAAAACACUGCCCCCUGGUGUCCAUGGGCUGCCAUUCCACCAAGGCUUUGACAGUGUGCUCGAGUUCAUGCAGACCUACAGAGAUGUGGAAUCUGUCCAGAUGUCAGCUCUGUCAUACCUGCUGUCUGAGGAAAGGAACGUUUUCUACAGGGUAACUGACGUUGUUAUAGCUGUCACCACUGCCAUGCAAAGUCACAUGGACUGUGCAGGUGUUCAGCAAAAUGGUUGCCAGGUCCUACACCAGCGUUUAAUUGCAGUGCUGGGCCAAGCUGGGGAUGGCUCCUGUCUGCUUACCAAGGAAGUGAUCACCUGUGUCCUGAACGCCGUGCACAAUCACCCUGAGAAAGCACCACUGCUCUCUCAUGCCUUUCAGCUUCUCUUCUGUAUCUCCGGGGAUGAGCAGGCAGCCAGAGAAGUGCUGGACCUGGACGGUAUCAGAGAGGUGCUGAACACACUGAGGAAGUUUCCAGAGGAUUGUGACAUUGUCGUGCCCUGUUGCAAAUGCUUAUGGAGCGUACUGACACAAAGAAUUUGCCUUGGAGGUGUACCUUUGAAAGAUGCUGUGGAGGCUGUGUGUGUGGCAGGAGAGGCACACAUGCAGGACAGCACAGUGAUGGAGUCUGUGUGUGCAGCCCUGUCGUCCCUGACCCUACAAGGUUUAACUGAAGACCAGGACAUUGAGGAUUCCACCCUUCUGUUGAUGCACGCACUCCAAGCACAUUUAAAGCAUAGCUAUGUGGUGAAGUAUGCUUUCCUUGCUCUGGACAGUCUUGUCAAAAGCUCAGAGUUGGCUGCUUUCAGGCUUCUCCUCACCCCCGAUGGAGGAAGUGGAUUAGUUAUUGUCAAGGAAGCAGAACUCCAACACCAUGACAACCCAGAGAUCGUAGGGAACUUUUGUAGCCUCCUCAGUGCUAUGGCCCGUUAUGGUGAUGUCAUACCCGAGUUAGUUGCUGAGAAGAUACCAGAUGUCUUGGAGCAGAUUGAGAGGCAGUUUUCAUCAAAUAAGGAGAUAGCUCAAUUGGCAAAACAUGCCCUCCACAGCACAACAAGCGUUGGAAGAGUCAACAUGACAAGCUCAACAUAAUUCAAAGUGUCACAUUGUGUUUCAUGGAUUGCUAUAGUGACAGUCAAAAUGGUGGUUAUUUCAGUUUGUUUUUAUUAUCAGCUGUACUAGUUGCUAUACUGUAUAGGCCUACAUGUCCAAAGAGUAAGCUUAUGGUUAUUAAACUUAUCCAGAAAAACAUAUCACCUUAUCUAGGUGAUUUAGCUGUCACAUUAUCCUAUAAAAUUAAAAACAUUACAUUAGCCAGUGUUAUUACAUACUGUACCAGUUGAAGAUCUUACAGUAUAGAGACACUUAGUCCCAGUGGUGGGAAAAGUACUCAACUGUCAAACUUGAGUAAAAGUAAGGAUACCUUAAAUAGAAAAUAACUCAAGUUAAAGUCACCCAGUAAAAUACUAAAAGUCUAAAUGUAUUUGGUUUUAAAUAUACUUAAGUGUCAAAAGUAAAUGUAAUUUCUAAAAUACACUUAAGUAAAAGUAUACAUUUCUAAUUCAUUAUAUUAAGCAAACCAGAUGGCACAAUUUGUUUUAUUUUAUUUAAGGAUAGCCAGAGUCACACAAAAAAAACAGACAAAUGUACGAACAAAGCAUUUGUUUAGUGAGUCCACCAGAUCAGAGGCGGUACGGAUGACCAGAAAUGUUCUCUUGAUAAGUGUGUGAAUUUGACCAUUUUCCUUUCCUGCUAAGCAUUAAAAUGUAAUAAGUAUUUUUGGGUGUCAGGGAAAAUGUAUUGAGUAAAAAGUGCAUUAUUUUCAUUAGGAAUGUAGUGAUGUAAAAGUUGUCAAAAUAUAAAUAGUAAAGUAGAGACCCAAAAAACGACUUAAGUAGUACUUUAAAAUAUUUUUACUUAAGUACUUUACACCAUUGCAUAGGCCUGUAUGUAUCAUGUUUAUUUUGUAAUUCUGUUCUACUGUAUUUGUGGUCUACAGCUGCAACUUCUGUACAGUGCAAUCGGAAAGUAUUCAGACCCCUUGACUUUCUCCACAUUGUUACGUUACAGCCUUAUUCUAAACUUGAUUAUUGUUUUUUUUCUCCCUCAAUCUAUACACAAUACCCCAUAAUGACAAAGAAAAAACAGGUGUUUAGCAAUGUUUGCAAAUGUAUAAAAACUGAUAUUACAUUUACAUAA